AGAGCCCAGUCAAAAGAUUUCACUCACCCUUUCUUCCCUGUCCAUUGCAAAAGCCAGCAUCAGCCAUAUGUCCUCUGGACUGGAGCCACUCCUUGGCCUGCGUGUGGCUGUCAUCCUCUGUCCAAGCAGUCCUGAGCCCAAAACUGAUAUGGUCAUGGGGAUGGGUCUGGAAGGGCUGCCCCAGCUUACAGCCAAGCCACUGCCGGCAGGAUCGGGCUGCCCUUUCUAAAAGGAGUGAAUGUUCCCAUCCCUUUCAUUGUCCCACACAGCCAUGGGGCCAUCCCGUCAGUCUUCUUUUACCUUAGGUCAGUGACAUAGGAGCUUUUCCCUAUUAUUUUGUGGAAACAGAAAAAGCAAACAAGCAUAAUUUCUAAAACAAAAAGGGAUUUUUGCAGCUGAUAUGCAUUCUUCUUCCUUAGUUCAAAAGACAGUCUCGAUUCAUGUUGUUUUUAUGAAAUAAAUCUGUUUUCACCACUUAUUUGUUAUGACCAGAUCUGGAGAGAGAAAAGCCAGAAAGCCAGUUAUCUUUCUGACUAAAAAGGAACACUCUAUAGACAAAGGAUGGAUAGGGGUUAACCAGGUUUCCAUGAUAGCCAAUUAGAAUGCAUAGUCUCAAGACUGAUGGUUACAUAGGGGAUACCCUUAAGCAUUUGAGGUCCUAGUAUUUCAAGGACUUCUUAGAGAAGAACCAGCAAGGACAUUUUGUGAUGACUGAACUCAAACAGAACAGUUAGAGAAGAUAAAGAAGAAAUAUAAAUUCAACACAAAGAGGGCUUCACUUUAACGGGAGGUAGGAUAUAUAAUCCUAAUAUCUCCAAGUCACAUGUGUUACAGACAUAGUACAGAAUCUUGUCUCCUGUUAGCACCUAGGUCAAUAGUGUCUUGUCUUUCAAAGCUUUUCACUAAUUAGAAGCUCACAGUCUCUGGCUUUAGCCACGAUCAUGAUAACCAUGACUGGAUAAAAGAUAUAGAGAGAAUGUAUAGAAAUUGUUUACUGAAUAAAAGAAUAUAGAAUGUAUAGACUAUAUAAAAGAGAAUGAGACUUACCAUUUUCUGCCUCCAUACUUGGAAGGAACUCUUUGACUUUGUUAUCUGGUUUAAGCAGUCUGUUAAUGUCAUCUGUUUCUCGUGUCAGGAUCUCAGGUCUUAUAUAAAAUAUUUUCCCAGUGGUCACUCAGACCAGGAGGAGACACGGUACUUAUUACUUAUCAAUACUUCUAAGUAUUGAUAAGUAACUGAUAUUUACUUAUCAAUAAGUACCAUAUUGAUACCCUACUUGGAACAUGGGUUGAUUUGCAAUUCCAUUGUGUUAAUCCUGUUGCUUCCGCAGUGGUUCACAGUCCGUGAAAAGGGAACCGUUGAUCCAAGCCCUUUUAAUUAUAAUGAGGGGAGCUUCCAGGUUACCUCCUUUAAAUUAUUAAUGUCAUACUGCCAUAUGUGCCCUCCAUCAUAAGUGUUUUUCAUGCACUUCUCUUUCUUCACCAAAAAUGUAUCUAAGAUGAUUUGGCUUAAAAAAUGGAUGUAUUUUUCAGAAGAUGUCAGAGAGAGAGGAGUAAAGUGAGACAGUUACUUAAUUGCACACUUAGAUGUUCUCUUUCAGCUGGAGCAUUGUUGAGUGGUCCUCACCCAAUUGGAGGGGAGGCAGUCCUGUGCACACAGGAGAGGGUUCAUGGGAUUUUCCAAUGAGAUUUGGCAUCCAAACUGUUUACCUUGUACUCUGCAGUGCCAUGCCUCUGAAGAAGACUUCUGCAGCUACACACUCCAGGAACAGUGUUUCUCAGCCCGAAUGGUUAUUAUUUUGGAAGUCUUUUCUUUCUUUUCAGAGCCAUUACAGACAUUUUUUUUAGUACUGCUCCACAGCGCUCACAUUUACAUCAUUGUGUCAGCCAAGGUCCAACCAGGAAACAGAAACACCCAGAUUUUUAAGCAAAGGAAAUUUAAUGCAGGAAAUUGGGUACACGUGAUGGAAGACACUGAGACAUCAACCAGAGAAUAGAUAGUCAACUCAGAGAUUAGCAAUUCAAGGAAGCUGCUACUUCCUCUAGGGAGGGGUAGGAUAAAGGGAAGAGGGGUGUUACCAGAGCCUAGGAGUCACCAGAAGCAGCUCAAAGACUUCUCUGUCCAAGGCAGAGAGGGAGGGCAAUACCCUGGACUCUCUUCUUCUGUCAUUUGACCUCCAGUAGUGCCUCCCAUUGACCUACCAGCUGGAGGCCAGCUGACACCCAGAGCUUAGGAAACAGAGCCUUCGGAAGUCAGUCUCCUGUGAUAUAGAGCAGGGUCGGGGAAGGGUAAGGCAUGGAUCUGAGGACAAACAGCUCUCAACCAGCAUAGUCACCUGUUACUGGGAUUAACCUUGUUUUGGAAUUUAUUAAUGUAGAAUUUUUAACCCAACCUUCCCGCAUACCUUUCACACAUUUAGUUGGUAUGAUGAUGUAUCCAUUCUUCCAGUCAAGUUAUUCAUUCUUUUUCCUUCUUUGUGUAGCUGUUGAAUUACCUUGGAGAUUAUGCAUAGGAAUAACAACCACGCUACCAGCUCAUUGGUAUUUGGAACUCAUAAAUAAUAAUUGUGUUAUUAACUACCAUUAUAGUUAAUGAAGCACUUUCACAUAUACUAUUUGAUUCUCAUAAAAAUUCUGAAUAGUUAUUAUUAUCCCAUUUUAUAGAAGGAUUAUGUGAGUCUUGGAGACUUUAUGUGAAUUUCUCAAGAACAAACAACAAAAACUGGGCCAGAAUUCAAACCCUGGUCGGUUUGGUUCCAUAUCCUAUAAUCUUUCCGUGCUGCCUCAUGAGAGAAGGAGUUGCCCAGAGGGCACAGCAAGAGUUUUUCUGGGCUGGUUGGCCUAGCUUAGGAGGAAGAAGAAAAUAUGUUUUUAAAUUUGCAGAAAUUUUCUUGUUGACCCAGAAAUGAAAAUUACACUCUGGUCGUGACACCAGGCCUAUCCAGCAUUCCAAUCUGAAGAGUUACAUUCUCCCUGAAGAAAUUGCGCUCUUGGGGCCAGCCUGGUGGAGCAAGCGGUUGAGUGCGCGUGCUCUGCUGUGGCGGCCCAGGGUUCGCCGGUUCGGAUCCUGGGCGCGCACAGACAUACCACUUGUCAGGCCAUGCUGUGGCAAGCGUCCCAUAUAAAGUGGAGGAAGAUGGGCAUGGAUGUUAGCCCAGGGCCAGUCUUCCUCAGCAAAAAGAGGAGGAUUGGCAGAUGUUAGCUCAGGGCUGAUCUUCCUCACAAAAAAAAAAAAAAAUGAAAUUGCAGUCUUGCCCUGUACACAUUCAGUAUUUCAGUAUACAGGCUGGCUGUUCUGGAAGGGUCAGUGUCACAGCAGCAUGUACCAUCCCAAGCCCAACACACCGACGGGUCAGGUGAGAGAGGAGGGGAGGGAGCACGUGCACGGUUCCCAUCUCCCCAUCUCUCUUCAAUAAAAUACAGGACUCUCACUGAGAUUUGAGUGUCAGAUAAACAAUGAAUUUUUUUAGUAUAAGUAUGUCCCGAAUAUUGAAUGGGAGAUAUUUACACCAAAAAAUUAUUUGUUGUUUAUCUGACAUUCAAAUGGCAUCUUAUAAUUUGCUAAGUCUGGCAACCUUAUCUCAAAGCGGACAAAUGAUCCCAAGGUUUCACGCGUGUGUGUGUGUGUGUGUGUGUGUGUGUUGGGAGGAUACUGAGGACAGGAGCCCAUAUGGCUCUGUUUUUGCCAUCUGUCCCUGUACAUGCCAUGAGGUAAUAAUUCCUGCACAGGGACAGAAGCGGAAGGAGGGUCUAGGAAGGGGAUUCCCAGUGUCUGCAAAUACUGAUGAAUUCUGAAUUGGAGGUUCCCGCUGUGGUAAGGAGACCUGACCUGACCUGAGGUGAAGGCUAAAGUUGAUUUACCUGGUUUCACUUAGCUUUUCUGUUGGUCUGUUAUCACUGGUGAGUAUUCAAAUCUGACUAGGAAGUUAAAAUUAGCCUUAGAGAUGUGUAAACUUAUUCGAAGAAAGGGAAAGAGGAAGGGGCCCGAGAUGGCCUAGAAGUGUCAGGCAGAAAGGUCUGAGGAUCCCAUGGAAUAGGUGAGGAGGUUCGUGUUAGUGCUGGGGCUGCUGGCCCAGGAGAAGACAGGAGAGCAGACCCUGAGGUCCUUCCUGGGUAGAUGUCAAGGAGAGGAUCGGGCAGGAGGAAAGCUGGGGCCAGGCACCUGCCCCUGAUGCUGAAGAAUGCAGAGCUGGGAGGGGAUGCCAUUGAGCUAUAAACACCCCCAACAGGUGAGUAGUCAACUCAACAGCACUUACAGGGAGAGGAAUUACCCUGGUUAUUCAUCCUGAGGCUCGUGGAGGGCUGCUCCCAGCCCUACCACUAAGUCAAUCUGGAAUCUUAAGCCAUUAUUAUCUCUGGGCCUUUCCAUAUUCACCUGUAAAAAUGGGAUGGUGGAAGAUUUAUUACAUUUCCAUUAUAGUUUCUCUUAGUUCUAAAGUUCUCUUGGUAUUUGUAUAAUUUUAAGCCUUCUCAUGACUCCUGUUCUCUGCUCACUGGCCAGGUAAGGGGGCUGGCAACCACAUUUCAUCAAUAAUCCUCAUUAUAUCUGAAGAUUGCUUUUCGUUUUCCCCUCAGUUUUUUCCCUUAUCCAGGCAAAAUAUCAAAAUCUUUUUUUCAAAGGGCUAUAUUCAAAUGAGUUAACCAAUAGGAUCUGCUCUUUUCUAAAAGCCUCAUGUCCACGCAACAAUUAGUAACUCUGUGGGCCCAGGGGCUACAAUUAAUAUUUCAAUCCCAAUUCACCAUUCAUUCAUUCAGCAAAUAUUUAUUGAGCUCAGGCGAUGCAUCAGGCAAAUUUGAGCUUUGGGAGGAAAACUUCAACAGAACUACAAAACAUGGCAAACUCUAGGUGACCUGAGACUUGGUCCCUCAAAUCCUUUGCUUCUUUCUUCUGUUGCUGGAUUCUUGGGAGUUUCAGUGUUCAGCUACCUGUCCAUCAAAUGGUAGAGGCAAAAUGAAAAUGAGUUCUUGUUGACAGUUGCAGUGAAAGAUUGAAAAUGUUGGCUACCUUGAGGUAUUUGAAUAAUCUCUGGGUUUCCACCUCCUUGUCGCUGUGGGCCUCCAAGACCAGAUGUCACUGGGAACGGGCUCCUUCUACUGAGAAUGCAAAGUAGCCUUCUGGGAUGUCCUUCUCUUACUCGCUUCUUCCUUGCCCUCUGUCCACAGUGCUGCACUUGAGAUGGAGUUACUGCCCCUCUGGCUCUGCCUGGGUUUUCACUUCUUGAUAGUGGAAUGGAGGAACCGAAGUGGAAUGGCCACAGCAGCUUCCCAGGGGGGCUGUGAGUUGGUGGAUGGACUUGCUGACUGUCGCGGGCAGAACCUUGCUUCAGUGCCCAGCAACCUGCCGCCCUACUCCCAGACACUAAUCCUGGAUACCAACCCUCUCAAGACCCUGUGGAAUCAUUCCCUUCAGCAUUACCCUCUCCUGGAGAGCCUCAGUCUGCACAGCUGCCACCUGGAGCGCAUCGGCCGCAGCGCCUUCCAGGAGCAGGCCUUCCUGCGCAGCCUGGAGCUGCCUGACAACUCCCUCUCGGAGAGCUACAAGGAGACGGCAGCCGCCCUCCACAGCCUGCGGGGUCUGCGGAGGCUGGACUUGUCAGGGAAUGCGCUGACGGAAGACAUGGCAGCCCUCAUGCUCCAGAACCUCUCUUCCCUGGAGUCUGUGUUCCUGGCGAGGAACACGAUCAUGAGGCUGGAUGACUCAGUCUUUGAGGGCCUGGGGCACCUCAAGGAGCUGGAUUUGCAGAGGAACUACAUCUUUGAGAUUGAAGGAGGUGCUUUUGAUGGCUUAACUGAGCUGAGGCACCUCAACCUGGCCUAUAACAACCUCCCUUGCAUUGUGGACUUCAGCCUCACACAGCUGCGGUCCCUCAACGUCAGCUAUAAUGCCCUGGAAUGGUUCCUGGCGUCAGGGGGAGAGGCUGCCUUUGAGCUGGAGAUGCUGGACCUCUCUCACAACCAGCUGCUGUUUUUCCCGCUCCUGCCCCAGUGCAGCAAGUUACACACCCUCCUGCUGCGGGACAACAACAUGGGCUUCUUCAGGGACCUGUACAACACCUCGUCACCACAGGAGAUGGUGGCCCAGUUCCUCCUUGUGGACGGCAACGUGACCAACAUCACCACUGUCAACCUCUGGGAAGAGUUUGCUUCCAGCGACCUCUCAGAGCUUCGCUUCCUGGAUAUGAGCCAGAACCAGUUCCAGUACCUGCCAGACGGCUUCCUAAAGAAAAUGCCUUCCCUCUCCCGCCUGAACCUCAACCAGAAUUGCCUGAUGACGCUCCACAUCCGGGAGCAUGAGCCCCCAGGAGCGCUCACGGAGCUGGAUCUGAGCCAGAACCAGCUGUCGGAGCUGCACUUGGCUCCGGGGCUCCCUGGCUGCCUGAGGAGCCUCCGGUGGUUCAACCUGAGCUUCAACCAGCUCCUGGGUGUCCCCACUGGCCUUUUCGCUGAUGCCAGUAACAUCACUACAAUUGACAUGAGCCACAAUCAGAUCUCACUUUGUCCCCGGCCAGCUGGCGUAGACCGUGUGGGCACCCCCAGCUGUGUGGAUUUCAGGAAUGUGGCAUCUUUGAAGAGCCUCUCUCUGGAGGGCUGUGGGCUGGAGCCAUUACAAGACUGCUCAUUCCAGGGGACCGCCCUCACCCACUUAGACCUGUCCGGCAAUCGGGGGGUCCUGAAUGGGAGCAUCACCCCUCUCAGAGAUAUUGCCCCCACGUUACAGGUCCUAUCUCUCAGGAACGUGGGCCUCAGUUCCAGCUUCACAGAGUUGGACUUCUCUGGAUUUGGGAAUCUGAGGGACUUGGAUCUGUCGGGAAAUUUCUUGACCAGUUUCCCAAGGUUCAAGGGCAGCCUGGCCCUGCAGACCCUGGAUCUCCGCAGAAACUUGCUCACAGCUCUUCCCCAGAGGGCUGUGUCUGAGCAGCUCAUGGGAAGUCUGCGGACCGUCUACCUCAGUCAGAAUCCGUAUGACUGCUGUAGGGUGGAGAGCUGGGGGGCCCUGCAGAGCCUGCACACCAUCGUCGACUUGGCCAUGGUCACUUGCAACCUCUCCUCCAAGGUCAUUCGCCUGAUGGAGCUGCCCGAAGGUGUGCCUCAGGACUGUAAGUGGGAGCAGGUAGACAUGGGCCUGCUGUACCUCGUGCUCAUUCUUCCCAGCUGCCUCACCCUGCUGGUGGCCUGCACCAUCAUCUUCCUCACUUUUAGGAAGCCUCUGCUUCAGGUAAUCAAGAGCCGCUGCCACUGGUCCUCCAUAUACUGACCUGGCUACAUGCCAUGGUUAGAAAUUUGGUCUGUGAGUGUAAGGACACUUUCUCUGCCAGAUCUCAAGAUCUGAUGCAGAGGACAAAUCUGAUGAAUUGAGUUAAACCUUAAAAUGUUAAAAUGUUUAAAAUGUUUCUAUCCCUUAGUCGCCCAAGUUCUUUCUCCAUCAUUAUGAUUCGUCCUCAUUAUUCUGGUAAAAUAUUUAUUAAGUGACAUUCUAUGAAAAUAAAAAACGUGUCUCAUAAAUA